GGGAAUUCAAAGUCAUUUUUCUCUCUUUUUUUCACGGAAUAUGGAUAAUUUAAAGAAGACGAAUAAUAUUUCAUUAAAAAAUAAGAAAGAUAGAAGGCUUCUCCAUGAUCUUAAAAAUAUGGAUAAAAAGAUCAAAUCGGUUCGUAAGGACAUUGAAAUGUUUAAUAUGAUGAAAUAUGAUGAACCUGGAUAUGUUGAAGGAGAAGGAUUGGAGAAAACAUAUAAAAUUACUCAAUCUCAAUUGAAAGAAAAGAUUGAUAUUAGUAGUCGUCAGAAGGGGUUUGAUUUAAGACUUCCAACUUUUGGUCCUUAUGUUUUUGAUUAUACAAGGAAUGGAAAAAAUAUUUUAUUGGGAGGCAGAAAAGGUCAUAUUGCAUCCUUUGAUUGGAAAAAAGGAAAGCUAAAUACAGAGUUUAAUUUAAGAGAAACUGUAAGAGAUGUAAAAUGGCUUCAUAACGAAAAACUCUUUGUUGUUGCGCAAAAAAAAUAUGUUUAUAUGUAUGAUAAUAAAGGAAUAGAAGUUCAUUGUUUAAAGCGGCAUAUUGAUGUUUUAUAUAUGGAAUUUUUGCCUUAUCAUUAUCUUUUAACUACGAUUGGAAAUGCAGGAUAUCUUAAGUAUCAAGAUAUUUCUACUGGAACAAUUGUUACAGAAUAUUCUACAAAACUUGGAUUACCUAAAGCAAUGACUCAAAAUCCAUACAAUGCGAUCAUUCAUGUAGGUCAUUCUAAUGGGACAGUUACUUUAUGGUCACCAAAUUUGUCAACUCCUUUAGUUAAAAUCCUAAGUCAUAGAGGUCCUAUUACCGCACUUUCAAUAGAUCGUGAAGGAAGAUAUAUGGUAUCUUCAGGUGCCGAUAGUCAAGUAAAAAUCUGGGAUAUAAGAAAUUGGAAAGAAGUUCAUUCUUAUUUUUCUCGAACUCCAGCGUCCACCUUACAUAUAAGUGACACAGGAAUGCUUGCAAUAGGAUGGGGGCCACAUAUUAGUUUUUGGAAAGAUGCCUUACGAAAAAAGCAAAAUUCUCCAUAUUUAACACAUCUAAAUCCAGGAUCUGCUGUUAAACGCGUCAGAUUUUGUCCUUAUGAAGACAUUUUAGGUUUUUCGCAUAUCAAAGGAUUUUCAAACCUUAUUAUUCCAGGUUCUGGAGAACCUUCUUAUGAUGCAUAUGAAAUAAACCCAUAUGAAACAAAAAAACAACGAAGAGAAAAGGAAGUUCGUAGUUUACUUGAGAAGUUACAUCCAGAAAUGAUUGCUUUGGAACCUAAUUAUAUUGGAAAAGUGGAUAUUGUUCAUUCUACCUCCAAAGAAAAUGAUUCACUAAAGGAAUCAAAACCUCCUGAACAAAAAUGGGUUCCUAAACCUAAAACUCGUGGAAAGAACUCUUCAUUACGUAGAUAUCUUCGUAAAAAGGCAAAAAAUAUAAUAGAUGAACGAAAACUUCGAAUACAAGCAAGCCUUGAUAAAGAAAAGAAACUUAGACAAAUACAUUUAAGGAAACGACUUAAUUUACCUUUAGAAAAACCCUUAGGACCUGCUUUAGAAAGAUUUUCUUUAAAAUCAAACACCUAUUCCUGUAAAUAACAAGGAAAACUUGAUCAUUCAUACAACUUUUUAACUAUUUCA